GACAUUUUAUACAGCAAUAUGAACACUCUCAAGACUAUUGCUUCCAGAUUCACAAAGAAGAGCACCAUGCCUUCUGUUGUCUCUCAAUGUAUGCUGUACUCUCCCAUAAGUUUGACUGAUAUAUGUAUAUAUAUUUCUAGGUACUUAUGCUACAACUACAAAAACGCCCAAGGUCAAUGUCAUGGAAAGAAUCACACAACAACAGAUCGAAAAAGCCAACAUCGAUGGCCGUACUGAAUUGUUUUCUCGCAAAAACCCUCAAGGUGUAAAGCCAGGAUCUAUUGUUCUUGUCGAAACCUUGAACGGACCCAACGAGACCACUUCUUCUACUUUUAUGGGUGUCUGUAUCGCUAUUCGUCGCAAGGGUAUCGAUACUAACUUUACACUUCGUAACAUUGUGAUGCGUGUUGGUGUUGAACAAAGAUACUCGCUCUAUUCACCAUUAUUAAAGAGUAUCAAAGUGAUGCAAAAGCCCAACGAAAUCAAGUUUAGAAGAGCUAAAUUGUUUUAUUUAAGAGAUCAACCUGGCAAGGCUUUCCAACCUUUGCAAGCAUUAUGGAAGCAAGAACAAUUAGACAAGGCAAAGAAAUAAAUGUGACAUAGAAUA